GAAUCCAAAUUCAACAUGGCGGUUUUCUGUAAACUACUGAACUUCUUUUUCACUACAAAAUACCUAGACUUCCUUGGAAUUUAAGCCAGAAACCCCACCAGGAAUUCCCCAGAGAGCUUGAUAGAUCACUUUUGUCCUGAUUUAGUCGAAGAACAUGUAUCCCCAAGGCUAAUAGCCCGACAUUGCCAUGGACGGUCUUCGGGCUUGAUGUCUGGUGUAUUUGGGCGCCUUCGAUGGUGCAUUGUUCACGUUCCCGCCACGUUGUGUGAACUUUUGAGCGCAUAAAUACUUUAGAAUUGGACCGUAUGUCUGUUGAUGGAUUACCAUGAUCAAGGGUAAGACCUCUUCGACUGGACUAGAUGAUGGGAUCAAAUACGUAGAAAUACCUCGAGGAUGGAAGCGAAUCCUAGAAAAUGAUUCAAUACACUACAUCAGCCCAAGUAGUUAUUGUCUGAAGUCUUACGAAAAUGUAAUAGAAUACCUAACAUCARAUGGAACUUGCAAGUGUGGGUUGGACUGUCCACUUCUCAUUCAACAUGUUUUCAAUUUUGAUGCAAGUGUUCGAAAUAAAGAGAGAGAAAAUGCUUCCAAGGCAUUUGGGACUGAGUCAUCAUGUAAGCUGUGUGAAAGCAAUCGACUAAAAGGAAACCAUAGAUCAGAGCAGGGUCUAGCGGCAAGUCCAUUGAAUCAGACACUGAAACACACAGCUAAAAAAAAUAUUAAGCCUUCAACUUUUGAUGGCACUCUGACGUCCAAGAAAGUUAUUGGUCACUCUCGCACCAAAUUAGACUCUCCAAAAGUGAAGAGAUCGAAGAAGGCAUCAAGUCCCUUUUCUGAUGUUCCAAGUCCACCACCAAUUCCAAUAAGUAGCCCAGUACAAAAUGUUCCAAAUAAUCUGGGUGCCAACCAAGGACCUCUUCCGAGCUUCGCAAGCAUUGUUAGUAGCUCAAAAUUUUUUAAUCCAGGACCCAAUAGAGGACCCUUGCAUCCUACUGGUUCACUACCCUUAAAAACCAAUGAACAGAAUGCAUUUGCUUUUCCGAAGCCUGUUUCAACUGCAGUAACAUCACCUCCAUCACCUGUUGUUACCACCUCAUCUGCAACUAUCUCUGCACAGGUCUCGGAGACAAAUCAAAAUCAUCUAGAGAACUUGCCUGUGGUGAAUAGAAUUCUUGCACCAACAAAAUCAACCCCAAGUGCUAGAGUUCUGGUUGGGGGUAACGCCAAUACAGCAAUUUCAUCGGCAUCAUAUAUUUCUGUAUCUAAAGCAUCUAGUGUUUCAGUUCCUUUGACAACUGUAGCAUCAAUCAUAAGCACACCUACAUUACCUAGUUUAUUUUCACCACUGGAUGGGGCAGCAGUAUCAACAGAGGCAGCCAAAUUGCCUUUAAGGGCUAUGUCUAAAGCAAAACCAAGAGUUAGAUUACCAAGGGCAAAACCUAAGCCAAAAACAGAUCAGAAAGCAGGUUCAAAAUUGAAAGCGGCCAAAGGUCCUACCAAAGUUACUCCAACUAUGUUGACUACUGUAUCGUCCAUGCAACCAACAUUCCCGAUACCUAGUUUGGCUGCUACUGCAGUGGUUUCUAGUCCUACGUCAUCAUACUGGCCAAUGCCUCCAUCAUCAGUAAUGGGCAAUAUUAACCAGGCACCUUAUCAGACCUCUACUUUUAAUCCUUUGAGCUCGACAGUUCCAUGCACUCCUGCAAAUCUAAUUGGCAUAUCAACUGUCAAUUCCUCAACUAACUCAACAUUUGCUAGACAUCAAGAGUCAGUUAUACACGUGCAGUCCAUUGCAUCGUCUUCAAUUCAGACAUCACAGAAUUACCAGAGUCAAGGUGUUAGAUCACAGUCUUUAGCCCAAAGUGCCACAGGAGGAGGUAGUGUUCAAGCACAAGCUAGUGGCAGUCCUGUGGAUGGAAAGGGUAGUACAGUGAGUCAAGUACUCACUGCUUCAAUAAAUUACCCUGUAGUAGCGACCCCUAGAAUACAAGCCCAGGCAGGUAUGAUGUAUGUUGCUGCCACACCUGGUGUCAAUGUGUUUCCUUCAAACUAUCCUUAUAUGGCAGCUUCAGUGCAACAGAUGCAAACUUCUCAAGGCACAUUUACUCAAACUCAGAAUGCCAAGAGCUCUUUGGCUGUAUCCACAAUGGUCACUACCAGUCAGCAGCCUAUGAAUGUAUCACAGGUUGUGAUGUCAGAAGUGGGUGCCAGUCAAAACCAGGGAAAAGUCAGUUUCCAGGUUCCUGGAAUGUAUUUACAAGGAGCUGCUCCAAAUCAGAUGUUUCCUUUAAAUUCACAAGGCUUCAACAUGGGUCAGUAUAAAGGAGCAUAUCAACUGCCUGGUGCAAUGUAUCAAGCUCCAGUACAGGGAGGUGCAAUGACGUUCAUAGCACCAAGUGCUGCUAAGGGAACAUAUCCCGGAGUCCAGGCACUUGCUACGGGUAACCUUGGUCAAUUUGCAUAUCAAAAUCCAUAUAUGUUUGGAAUUGCAGUCAUGCAGUCUACAACCAACCAGGCAACAAGUGCUACAGUUACAAGUACUAGAAGCUCUCCUGCUUCUUCAACAUCUGUCACUACAUCCCUCCAGAUGAUACAACCACAGACUUUACAGAAUCCUGCGGUUGCUGCAGCAUUUGAAUCUUUUGUUCCCAUUGCACCGGCAGCUGGUGGACAAGGUCCAAGGUUUGCUCAGACAUUAGCACACCUUGCUAGUGCAUAUAACACUUUCCCGUCACCAGGGAUUCUUCAAGGUUCUAAUGCGAAUCAGAUACAGCUGGCGUACCAGAUGAUGCAGAUGGGCUCAAAUCCAAAUUCAGCACAUCAGCAACAGAUGGCGGGUUUGAUUACAUCUGAUGUAUCACUAAAGCACCCUAUAACCCAAUCUGUUAAGCAAAAUCUAUUGUCUUCAAUGGCAGCAGCUGCAGUUACAACCAAAGGAUCAACACAAGUGACCACUAAGCCUCAGUCAGUUACUCAGUCAGCUACCUCUACGAUAACAUCCCUUGCUCAAACAACAAGGGAAAAUGCAGCAGGCAUGAGGUCACCAUACUCUACAGGAGAUGCCAUUUCCUCAUCUUUAUCCUCUCCGUCUUGUUCUACAGCUUUCUCGCCCCAUACUACUGCAUCUGUUUCAGCACAAAAUACUCUGGCAGCUUAUCAACUAAGUACUGAUGGCUCAUAUGACCAAAGGACUUUACAAAGUCCACCUCGGAACCAAAUUCCAUCUAUAACAACUAGCUCUGCAGCAGGAUUUUGUAGCUCUACCAGGACUUCUCAUCAGAGUACGAGCAGUGGGACAGGCCCUUCUAAGACCAGUACAAAUACUCACGAGUCUCAAGUGUUGUCUCAUUUUGAGCCUAGCAACUGCAAUGCUAGUAAAUCAUCAAUGAAAAGUAUAUUUUCCAUGGCCAAUGAAAAGGCCAGCUCAGUAGCAUCAGAAAAAUGCCAGGGUCCUGUGGUUACAGAUUAUAAUGAACAGCCAAAAUCUGCGAAUUAUGGCACAUAUUCAUCAGAUCAAACACAGAAAUUGACAGUUGUUUCUCCGAAUGGAAAAGAUGCUGUGGCAAAAAAGCCUUCAUUUGAGAUAAUUUCUCAACAACAUCAACCCCCUAUGUGUGAUAGUAAUAAUGUAAGUCCUUUGAGAACUUCAAAUUUUCCGGUUUCAACUGAGCACAGAAACUUAAGUAUCAAUAAGCCUUGUACGACAGGCAGUGUAUUAAGUCCAACAGAAAGGCCUUCAUUUAUUAGUACAGAGAGAGAAGGUGGUUUAAUACCUUCUGAUUCUAAAACAGCUACCAGAACAGUAGUAGGAAAUGACCCUGUAGCAUUGAAACCAACUAAAUAUGAAUCAGAUGCCAAUUACUAUGCCACUAACCCACUACUCGGCAUGAAACGAUCAUGUGAAGCCAUUGAAGUUUAUCCUGACCCUCCUGAAAGUACGGACUGUGAUGAUGAUGAAAAAGAUGAUUAUUGUAGCUCAAAUGAAGACUCUAUGGAGAGGGAUUCAAUGCGUGACGAUGGUUCUAUGGAGACUGUUAGAGAUCUCCGACAGCAUGGUGAUGAUCAACAUGUUGAAGACAAAUUUCUCAUCACCAAUCAAGUACGGAAUCCAACCAAAGACAUGUACAAUGGGGGAUGUAAUGAAGUUCUUAAGGAACAAGAAAUGAAAAAUGAGAAUGUUGGAGUGAACAUGAAGGCCAACCAGGCAUUCCCACCAGCACCUUUUAGAACAGAAAUGUUAGGAGAACUACCCAUUACCCAUGUGAGGCCACACUUUGAUAUUGGUGAUGUGGUUUGGGCACAAGCAAGGGGCCUUCCAUCUUGGCCUGGGCAGAUUGUUGAUGAGAGCAAAGUUGGUAAAGGAAGGGCAGAUGAGGGAAAGAAAUGGGUGAUGUGGUUUGGAGACCACACCUUCAGUCAAGUUGAGGUAGAUCGCCUCAAAACUCUCAGUGAAGGACUCAGAACGUUAGAUGAUAAAGCAAGAAAGAAAAAAUACAGAGCUAAAAAAGCCAGGAUAAGUWUGGAACAAGCUAUUAAUGAAGCUCUUGAAGAAUUAGAAGUGAGAGAAAGAUUAAAAGCAAAGCAAGGUAUGCGAGCAAAGACCAAGAAAAAACGUCUUAGAUGAUAAUCUUCCUUUAACAAUGCUCAACUCUGGACCUGACAUUACAAAAAUGGGGUGAUUAUUGAUUGAGCUUGUACCUUAAAGAUGAUGCCGUCUUCACUGAUGGAUGUGGUAUCUCUAUAUGUGUAAAUAGUUCUGAUAUUAUGUCAUUCUAUGGCUUUGUAAUUAUUAAUUCUUUUCAUUGAAACAUAUUACCCAAUUACUACAUACUGUAGGAAGAAUAAAUAAGUUAUAUAAACUAUUUGUAUAGUUUUUUUUGUAUAGAUACAAGACCUAAUUAUAUUUAUAAAGGAAACAGGCAGCUGAUCGCAUGAGUAGGAAACGAAGGCAGAUCCAAGGGAAAGAUCUAGGAGGUCAGGAUUACCUCUUCAUUCCAUUUCCUUAUUGCUGUUUUUACAAUAUUGUGAGUUUAUAUUACUUGUAUAUUUAGUUCAAUAUCUGCACCCCUGGAUCUACCCUUGAAAUUACAAUGGCUACCAAAGUUUGAUCAUUAAUUUAAGGAAUAAUUGCCUGUUAAUAUUCAGUAACAGAAUUUGCUGAUAGUUCAGAGUCCAAUCGGCCACGUUUUCAGAUGUUAAAAUUCUAAAACAAUACAUAGGUUCUGUGGAAUGAAAUUUUCAAAAUUGCAUCAAAUCCAAAAAGAUCAGAAGAUAUGAUGCUGUAGAUCUGAUAAAAAUGUGUACAGUAGUGAACUGACUAAACAUUUCUUCCAAAAUUUUCUUAUUGCUGAAAGAUAGGAACAUGGUAUAAGAUACAUUAUUUUAUUCCCACCACUAAAUGUGUUUGGUGAUCCAUAUGUUUGGACCGUACAUGAAAUACUGCAUCUAAAGCCUUGCAAUCAAUUAUGAAUUUUAAGAUCUGAAAUGUGGCCUAUUGAACAAAGCCCACUUAAUUCAGGUUUUGUUUGCCUAUACACUGCUUUGCACAUGAACACCUUGCUAUUGUAGAAACUUACUUAAUUUGUGUAACUUAUCAUAUACACCUGUUUUAGUAAACAUUGUCAUCGCCAAAGGGGAAAGGCGAUAGGCAAAAAGUGAUAGGAGAGGUCAUUCCAAGAUCCAAGAAUCCAAAAAUAAUAACUAGCGUUUAAUUCUGUUUCUUAUUAUUAUCAAGAGCAUGGAUCUUGGUGUUGAAACUGAUUUAAUGUUCUAUGUAUUUCACAAAACCAUUUUCAUGUCGGAAUGACCUAUUGCCUAUUGCCUUUGGCGAUGACAACGUUUAUUGAAAUAGGGUGUAUGCCUUGCUCUUAAUUGAACCCACC